UGUGUCAUGGUUGUCAAUUUGUCUUAAAAUGUCAAGUAUGUCAAUGUCAACCAAAAUUGUGUAAUUGAGGUUAUGUUGAAUCAAAAUAGAUAUUAUUUCUAUCUUUUUAAAUGUAAUUAAAGAAACUCUGUGUUAGAGAGAUAAAGUGAAUGGAAUAUAAAGAAUCUAAUUUUAGACAGAGCAAGUACAAAAAAUACUAUCUAUCAUGAAUACUUUAAAGCGUUUAGUGUGUUCACAAUUUGUAAAUAAAUUAAGUAAACAAUAUUUAUUUAAACCAAGAGCUUUUAACAAUCGCCAGAGCGCAAAUAUAAAUAUACUGGGUAUUGAAACAUCGUGUGACGACACCGGCUGUGCAAUUAUUAAUAGAAAUGGUAAAAUAUUAUCUGAAGUUUGUCACUCACAAAAUCUAAUGCAUUUAAGAAAUGGAGGAAUCAUACCAGAUAUUGCACAAGAUUUACAUAGAAUGCAUAUUGAACCCACUGUUGCUAGAACAUUGGAGCAAGCAAAACUAUCAAUGGAAGAUAUUUCAGCUAUUGCAGUAACUUUAAAACCAGGACUACCUCUAAGUCUAGUCAUAGGAAUGAAGUAUGCUAAACACUUGGGUCGGCGAUUUAAGAAACCUAUUAUACCCAUACACCACAUGCAGGCACAUGCACUUGUAGCGAGAAUGCAUCAUGAUAUAAAAUUCCCGUUUUUGGUACUUCUAAUAUCAGGAGGGCACUGCCUACUCGCUGUAGUGCAAGAUGUUGAUCACUUUCAGUUACUUGGAGAAAGCAUGGAUUGUGCUCCUGGAGAAGUUUUUGAUAAAGUAGCUAGAAGUAUGAAAUUGAGAAAUGUACCUGAAUAUUCUCAAAUAUGUGGAGGCCAAGCUGUUGAGGCAGCUGCAGCAAAAGCUACAAAUCCUAACAUGUUCAAAAUAGCCUUACCUUUAGCUGAAUACAAGGAUUGUAAUUUUAGUUUUAAUGGUCUUAAAACAUCAGUUAUGUACCAUUUGUACAAAAAAGAACAGGAACACAAGAUUGUAGCUCAUGAACUGAUACCUGAGGUGAAUGACCUAUGUGCAGCUAUGCUGAUGGCUACCACCAGACAUCUUAUCCACAGAACACAGAGAGCUAUGGAAUUUUGUAAAGAUAAUAAUUUAAUACCAGAAGAUAGUAAACAGCUUGUUGUGUCUGGUGGUGUAGCAUGUAAUAAUUAUAUUUUCAGUGCUUUACAAAUGUUAUGUAAUGAAACUAAUUAUAACAUUUAUAGACCAUUUCCAAAAUUAUGUACAGAUAAUGGUGUUAUGAUAGCUUGGAAUGGCUUAGAAAAGUGGAAGAAAGGUCUGGAUAUCACAACUGAUUUCAGCACUUUAGAUAUAGAGGCAACUAGUCCUAUUGGAGAAAGUUUAAUAGAUAAAGUUAAAGAAGCAAAAAUUUCCACCAAAUUAAUUAAAAUAAAAGCAAGCAAUUAAGCAAAUCUGA